ACCAAUGAUGUUGUAAGUGUUGCACUAGGGACGUUGAUGAUGAUGUACCUUCUUAACCAUACAGUCGAUGGCUGAUGCAAGUUGAAUGAAGUAAUAUCACCACACGUUCUUGACCGGGUUGAAGAUGACGGACUGUGAAGGUGAUGGGUCAGUAGGAUUGACCCCAGUGGAAAUUUACGAGAAGCUGUCUGCCCAAGGCGACCAAGUCCGAGUCCUUAAAACACAAAAGGCAGACAAGGCUGAUAUUGAUACAGCUGUACAGUUGCUGCUGAAGCUGAAAGUUGACUACAAGAAGUUAACGGGCCAGGACUACAAAGCCGGAUGUCCACCAACUGACAAUGUGGUUCAGUCCGAUAAUGGACCGGCCUCUGAAGAAGGAGAUGAUUUGGUGGACCCUUGGACUGUGUCCACAAAUAGUGCGAAAGGAGUGGACUACGACAAGCUCAUCGUGAGAUUUGGCAGCAGUAAGAUUGACCAGGAGCUUGUGGACAGAAUAGAGAAAGUGAUAGGACAGAGGGCACACCGCUUUCUGCGGCGAGGAAAAUUCUUUUCUCACAGAGACAUGAAUCUUGUGUUGGAUGCGUAUGAGAAUAAGAAGUCUUUUUACCUGUACACGGGUCGCGGCCCCUCGUCUCAAGCCAUGCACGUCGGUCAUCUCAUCCCCUUCAUUUUCACAAAGUGGCUGCAGGAUGUGUUUGACAUCCCGCUGGUCAUUCAGCUGACGGAUGAUGAGAAGUACCUCUGGAAAGACCUGACACUCGAGGAUUGCCAACGCUUUGCUGUGGAGAACGCCAAAGACAUCAUCGCCUGUGGCUUUGACGUCAACAAGACGUUCAUCUUCUCUGAUCUAGAAUACAUGGGAAGCAGUCCGUCCUUCUACAGAAAUGUGGUGAAGAUCCAGAAACACGUUACCUUCAACCAAGUAAAGGGAAUCUUUGGUUUCACUGACAGCGAUUGCAUUGGCAAGAUAAGCUUCCCAGCGAUUCAGGCGGCUCCCUCAUUCAGCAACUCCUUCCCCCAGAUCUUUAAUGACAGGAAGGAUGUGACGUGUCUCAUCCCCUGUGCCAUUGACCAGGAUCCUUACUUCAGGAUGACCAGAGACGUGGCUCCCCGGAUCGGCUACCCCAAACCAGCGCUGCUGCACUCCACGUUCUUCCCUGCCCUGCAGGGCGCGCAAACCAAGAUGAGCGCCAGCGAUGCCAAUUCCUCUAUCUUCCUCACAGACACCCCCAAACAGAUCAAAACCAAGGUGAAUAAGUACGCUUUCUCUGGAGGCAAGGACACUAUUGAGGAGCACAGGAAACAUGGUGGCAACACUGAGGUGGACGUGGCGUUCAUGUACCUCACCUUCUUCCUGGAGGACGACGAACAGCUCGAGAAAAUACGACAGGAUUAUUCCAGUGGUGCCUUGUUGACAGGAGAACUGAAGAAAAUGUUGAUCGAUACCCUCCAGCCAAUAAUUUCCACCCAUCAAGAGAGACGCAAGCAGGUCACCGAGGACAUGGUCAAACAGUUCAUGACACCACGAAAGUUAGACUUCAACUACUAGUGGGUGUGUACAGUGACCCGAGUGCAGAAAGGCGGUUGGGGGGUGUAGCUGCUGUAUUUCCUUGCAGCCCAGUAUCAUGUUGUCUUCAGUUCCACCACAUAAAGAGCCUUUACAUGUGCUUACAAAACCAUAACAUAACUUGAAGGCAGAAACAAACACCUUAAUGUCUCUUAACAGUUAUCUUGCACAUUGUACGUCCAGGAAAUCUUGUCUACGCGUCAGGAGCAGUGCACAAGAGCAUGAUAAAUUCAGAAAUAUUUCAGCUGUAAGAAAACUGAAAUAAAUGCGUAUGACAGUG